AUGACUUAUUUAAUUGAUAAUUCACAUCUCUAAGCUGAAUUAAUGUGGAUAGAAGUUAAUAAGAUAAUAUCUCCAGCAAAGUUUUAGAAAUUAUUAUUCAAUAUCUUUAUAAUGGAUACUAUUGUAUUAAUCUCUUGUAAUGAAUUAAAAGCUAUUGAUGAUACAUCUGAUUUAAUUAAUGCUGAUGAUUUCAGAAAAGGAAAAUACAUUAAACCAACAAAAAUAAGAUUUUGGAAUAAUGCACUUGAAUAAGAAUCAAGUCCUGAAUGUACAGAAGAAGAAGAAAUCCUGACAACAGCAGUUCGAUUAAGUAGAAUGGGGCCAUAAACUUAAUUUACAAAAAAAGAUAUUGAAGAAAUUAAAGAAAGCUUUAUUUAUAAAUAUUGUAAUACAGACUAAAAUAAAGCAUUUUAUAAUUGGUAUAAUGAAGCUAAGACAUAAAAGAAUGCUUUUUCUUCUGACUUAACUAUAGAUCUUAUGGAAUUGGAAGGAGGAAGAUAAUUAUUAAAUUAUGAUCCCACUCAACCUAAAAGGAAGUAUGUUAAAAAAUAAAAAUCACAAAAUAAAGUUCAAAAAUAAAUCGUUAAAUUUUAAAGAAAGAAAAGAAAGAUUUUAAAUUAAGGGGAGGGAAAAUAAAAAAUAAAAACUAAAAAAGGUAGAAUUCGAAUUCAUAAAGAAAGAUUUCCUGGACAAGAUACUGUUAAUUUUAAUUAAUAAUUAGAAUAAGAAGAAUCUAGCAAUGAUUAUUAAUUAAUGGAUGCAGAAUAGAUUUAUAAAAUUAAUUAGAGAAUGAAUGCCAAAAAUUUUUAAAGUUAAAGUCAAAAUGCUAGUUAAGAUAGUGAUUGA